GAUCCUGCGACAACAUUCCGUUCAGCGUUAGCGUUUGAACGCCUGAUGGCCAUCUUCUCGCAGAAUGCUGAUUCUUUCUGCUGCAGUUGCUCGGGGGACUUUUGUGCUUUGUGAAUAUGACGCUUCGACAGGUGCAGAUGACUUGACAGAAAUUUCUCGCAAGGUACUUCCCAAAAUCCCACGCACCGGAGCGAUCAGGUCUUAUGUGUACGGAGGUCAUACCUUCAACUACUUGUUGGAUAAGGAUCUCAUUUUUCUAUGCAUAGCAGCACCGACGGCCACAGAGCUGGUCUUCGAAUUCUUGAACGAAUUCCGACGGACAUUUGAGGCUGUGUCUCGUCGAAGCAACCGCGAAGUGGAAUUGGCAAGGAUGCUGCGAGAUUUGAUCAUGCGGUACAACAUGGAAAAUGGUGGUGGCCGGGUUGAGCAAGUGGAAAGAGAUUUGGAGGAGGUGACGGACGUCAUGCGCAACAACCUGGGCAAGGUGAUCGAGCGUGGCGAGCGCAUUGAUUCGUUGCUGGACAAGACCUCCGCGCUAAAAGCGGAAUCGGUCUCCUUCAGAAGCAGCGCAAAAAGGUAUAAUGAUGACCUUUGGUGGCGGGACCAACGAGGCAAGAUGUUCCUUGGCAUUGUCGCCAUGGCCGCCAUUGUGAUUUUGACGUGGUUCAUGCUGCAAAGCCUUCAGAGUUUGACAGUUUGACGUGUUUAAGCAAGAGGAGAUGCGCUGGUACACAUACCCUUUCGUUCUCAGUGCAUGGCCAGGCGCCCUGAAAAGCCACCAGACGGCUCCUAGUGGGACAAAAAUGCCCGACCAUCACGACACUGUAUCAUGUGAAGUUGAGAGUAUGUCAGGUUUUUGCUGCAGUUCAGGUAUGUCAGGUAUGUGGCAAUUGAGACGAUGCAUAGAUUGAAUACAUUCAGUAGAUCAGUAGGGUUUGUUCUGUAUGUCGCGUUGACGGUAAGAUAGCAAUCUUGGAGCAACAAAGCUCUCUUUUUUUUGUGAGACCCAAGCCCCCAGGGGCGCCCGAC